GGUUUCCAAGAACACAACAACGACAAACCACCACACCAACCACUACUACCAGCAACACCAACCCACCCACACCCCAUCCACAUCCACACACAUCCACAUCAUUCGUACACACGCUAUCAUAGACAACAACAAACCGGCACACAGCUGUUGGCGCGCUUAGUUGUGCCGUCGCUUGCUGCUGAUCAGCACCGACCGGCAUCAUGGCGACACACAAAACACAACAGCAGCCUCCACCAUCGUUGGGAACACAGCCGCAAGCAUCGUCGUCGUCCUCGUCGUCGUCGUCGUCACGGCGGCUGGUGAAGCUUGUUCCCCGGAGCGAGGCGCCGGCAUCGCUGGCAACCACGCUCAAUGCACCAACCGCUGCCACCCGGAGCAAGCGUGGUGGCUCCAAGUCAGGCACACAGCACCACACUAACCCCACCAGCAAAACAGCCACCAGCAGCACCACACCGCAUGCAGCAGCAGCAUCAUCAUCAUCCUCCUCAGCGGGGCUGCCGACCCCGUCCCAGUUCAUGAGCAUGAUGAUGAUGGACUCAAAGGAGCUGCUCAAGAACACCACCACGAUGACCGUGCCCGAGAUUAUCGAGCUGACCACGGAGGCGGCGACGUCGCGACAGCCCAUCCGCGACUCCAAAGUGGACGUGGACCGCCCGCUGUUCCAGCCGUUUCCGUCCACGGUGCGCUUCCAGAACUUCCAGGGGUCCGAGACCAUCUCGCUGCCGCUCUCCUUCCGCAACAUUGACAGCGUUGCGCGGUCGCUGCGCCUCAUGCCGCUCGAGUCGCCCUACUUUGAAAUUGUGCAGCCCGCCACCAGCGCCAGCAAAGUUGCGCCGGGGGUGGAGGUCGUCUACACCAUCAAGUUCACCCCCGACACAACCAAGGACUACGCAGAGGAGAUUGUCUGCGUGACGGAGCGGGAGACGUUUGUUGUGCCGAUCCAGGCCGUUGGCGGCCGCGCCGUGUUCGACCUCCCCGACACCAUUGCCUUUGACACGUGCGUGGUGAAGCACGCCACCACCAAGACACUCGCCAUGCGCAACGUGGGCACCGCCGCCGGCAAGUUCUCCUUUGAGGUGGACCCGCCCUUCAGCGUGCAGCCUGCAACGGGCGCACUGGAUGCCGGUGCAGUCACGCAGCUCGCCGUCACCUUUGACCCGCGCGCGUGCACGACCCACGUGGCCCCGCUCACGCUGCAUAUGGGCACUGGGGAGGCCGUAGCCGCCACCGUGGCCGGCACGGCAGAGAACGCGAGCGUGCGGCUGGAACGCUCGUCGCUGCGCUUUGAAAACACGUUUAUCACGCAAAGCAGCCAGCGCGUGGUGCGCGUGUUCAACCGCAGCAGCGUCGUCGCGGACUUUGCGUGGAAGCGCUUCAAGGGCGAGGAGGAGGAGGGCACGCUCAAGACGGAGGUCAUUGCUGCCAUCGACACCACGCAGGUGGAGGAGCAGGACGAGUUCUUGCGCAUGCUGUCCGAGGACCCAACGGUGUCGCAUGGCAUGUCCAUCCUUGCCCGCAAGCACCAGGACCAGCGGCGCGCGAUUGAGGAUGACGAGCAGACGUUUGAGGGCGACGAGGCGUUCUCUGUCGAGCCCGUCUCCGGGCAGAUCUGGCCCAACGCCGAGCAAGAGUUUGUGGUGACAUUCCAUCCAGACGUGGCGGGCCCUGAUAUCCGGGACGCGUUUCUCGACAUCACAGGGCAAGAGGAGCGCCUGCCACUGAAGCUGCGGGGAACGGGCGUUGGCCCGCUGGUCGAGUUUGAUGUCGACGCCAUCGACAUUGGGCAGGUGUUCAUCGGCAGCUCCCACACGUACACGCUGACGCUCUCCAACAUGGGGGACAUUGAUGCGCCGUUUGCGAUUGAGCCGCGCGAUGACGGCGGUCUCUACUCCUGUUUCACCUUCACACCGAGCGAGGGCGUUCUCCCUGUUGGCGAAACGGCCACCAUCGAGGUGACGCUGGAUGCAAGCGUGCUGGGGACGGUGGACACGGCGUUCCUGUGCGAGGCCGAGGGUGCUGUUGAUCCCGUUUUCAUCACCUUCCAGGGCACCGUUGUCGGCCCUUCCUUUGAGUGCGACGUGGACGAGCUGGACUUUGGGCCCGUGCCCUUUGGCUUCCCCACCACCAGGUACAUCACCCUCUCCAACACCAGCCCCAUCCCCAUGCAGUAUGCACUGCGCCUGCCCGAGGACACGCCAGCAGCGAGCGAGGUUGAGAUUGACCCGCCAGCGGACACAAUCCCUGCACACGGCGCGCGCCGCAUUGCUGUUGACAUCACGCCAAAGUGGACGGAGAACUACGACCUCUCCCUCGCCCUGGACAUCCCCGGCGUGGCGACAGAGGCGCUGGUGCUCCCCGUCACGGCAACGUGCGUUGUGCCCGAGAUUGAACUGGUGUCGACGCAACUCGACUACCACCGCUGCUUCCUCGGCUUCCCUUACACCGCAACGGUCGUGUUCCGCAACCCAUCCGCCAUGCCCGCCAAGUACCAGCUCCUGCCCCUCGCACCACAUGAUGACGACGACGAUGAUGACGAUGGUGAUGGUGGUGAUGAUGGUGGUGAUGACGAAGAUGAGGUUGACAGCUGGGGUGAACCAGCGCAUGCACGUCGUCCCCAAGGCGAACAAGCAGACGACGAUACGAUCACCAACAGCACCACGAACACCAACGCCAAUGCGCAAGGGCGGCGGCGCAAACCGCGCGUGGAGCUGUCAUGCUCCCCUCAGUCGGGCGUGCUUGCGCCCAACGCCACAACGGACGUGGCUCUGGAGUUGCGCACGCACGUGCUGGGUGCCGUGGAGGCCGUGGCUGAGUUUGAGGUGCUUGGAUCGCCAGACCCGCCCCUCAAGGUCACUGUGCGCUGCAUCGGGCAGGGCGCCGUGAUUGCGCCGAACGAAACGCGUUUGGACUGGGGCACCGUGCCCGUGCUCCAGGACAUUGUGAAGACGGUGGCGCUCUCGAACGAGUCCUCCAUCGCUGCCACGUUUGAUUGCGUCAUUCCUGGCCGCAAUUCGGCGUUUUGGUGUGAGCCGCAGAGCGGGCGACUGGAGCCCGGCGCCGCCACAGACGUGCACGUGCACCUCGCCCUCAACGACCCGCGCGUGUUUGAGGACGUGCUUGUGGUGCGCGUGCCCAACAGCGAGGACCAGCAUGUGCAGCUGCGGGUGCAGGGUAAAGGCCCCACCAUUGUGUUUGACCAGGAUGUUCGCACCAUCGACUUUGGGCAGCAGUUUGCCUCGCGUGAGUGCGAGCGCGUGCUUGAGGUCACCAACAAGGGGCGAUACACGCAGCGCGUCACCUUCAAGCUGGACGCACCGGGCCCCGCAGUUGACGGCCACUGCACCGUGAUGCGUGGCAGCACCUUCCGCAAGAAGCGCACGCCCGUGUGCCCAAACCCGCCCGACCCAGACUACUCUGUCUUUGGCGUGUGGCCGGAGGCGGUGACACUCAAGCAGGGCGAGGCGACGACGGUUGCCGUGCGCGGGUACAUCAACAACAUUCAGGAGGUGCACGAGACGCUGCUGUGCACGGCGUGUGUGGAGGGCACGGUGAAGCAGAAGCUGUGCUACCGCAUGAAGGUGCAUGCGAACUUCAUUCGCCCGUUGCUCCUCCCUGACGCAAGCAAGCUCCGCUUUGUGUGGCGGUCUGACCAAGACGACAGCACGCCCCAAUGGAAGCAGGUGGUGUUGCACAACGCGUCUCCACUGCCCGUGUAUGCUGAGCUUGACAUUGACCCGCCCUUCCUGCUUGAGGGCGGUGCACGCUCGGUGCAGGUGGCCUCUGGCGACGACUUGCCCGUGGGCAUCGUGUACAACCCGCUGCACCGCACAGACAUGUUCACGCGGCGGGACACGGGCAGGCUGCACAUCUCGUAUGCGGAGGACGCACCCAGCGACGGCGUGGACCUGGAGGCACAGGUGUUCUACCCGAACAUUGCCUUCUCGCACGAUGAUGGCGUGAUUGACUGCGGCAGCGUCAUGCACGACACGACGGCUGUGAUCCCCGUCACCCUCACCAACCCGAGCCCCAUGGACCUCUCCUUCCGCUGGUCGUUCCUCACUCCAAUCACAGAGGACAGCGCAGCCGCAAACAACGUCAACACCAACACCAACACCACCACCAACACCAACACCAACCAGCAGCGUUUGGUUCAGGGGCGUGUGGGUGGCGGUGCUGACACUGCUGGUGUGAGCACGGCCACAGCCGCGGGCGAUGGCCCGACGACGUCGUCGUCGCCGCCUGCCUCGACAGACGGGUCCACCGCAGACUCAACUGCCGAGCUGCACUCUGCGCUGCAGACUGCUGGUGGUGACAGGCCAAUCAGUGACACAAGCGCAGCCCCCUCUGACGCCUCAGCACCUCCCAACAACAACAACAACAACAACAACAACAACAACAAUGCCACCCGGGGCAGCCCCGCCACCCCACGCGGCCGGCCCAGGGCCACCUCCUCGGCGUCACCGGCAGCGACGGCAGCAACGAGCGCUACAGAGACGGCAGCACCCUCCGUCACCGUUUCCACCAAUUCAGAUGCCGCAGAAGCGCCGCUUGCGCGCGGGCGCGGUGCUGUCAAUGCAAAGAGCGCGCGGGCCAUGGCGGCGUGCCAGCCGCAGGAGUCUCGCAUCUUCGACAUUGUCCCCGUGUGCGGGCACCUCCCCUCUGGCGCGUCCAUCACCGCGUACGUGUCGUACUUUGCGCUGGCGGAGGGUCUGUGCCAGGCCCAGGCGCGCUGCGACAUUGUGGGCGGCGCCUCGUACGACUUCACGCUCAGGGGCAUCACAACCACGGAGCGGUACAGGCUGAGCCAGGAGAAGCUCGUGUUUCACAACGUGGCCCUGAUGCAACUGAAGCGCUCGUCGCAGACGGUGGUCAUUCGAAACGAGGACUCGCUGCCCUUGCCCUUUAGCGUCAUCUCGCAACCGCAGCUUGUCCGGGUGGAGCCUGCGUCCGGCGUCAUCACCGCGCACGGCAAGGUUCCCCUGCAGGUGCAUUUGCUUGCAAGCACGCCCGACCGCUUUGAGGAGUACGUACGCCUGCAGGUGGGCACGCUCUCGCCCUGUUCCAUUCACGUCGUGGGCACAACGGCGGUGCCGCUGAUUGCUGCGCGCCUCCCGCGUGACCUGCAGUCCCAGGACAAGAACAUGGUUGCGCACUGCCGCAAGCUCGCCGCCAACCCGGCGCCGGAGUAUGACGUGGGCGACAGCGACGCCUUUGUGGCCGUGGAUGAGAGCGUGCGCUUUGAUGCAGAGUUUGACCGGGCUGCCCUCAAGUCUGCCCUGCUCACGACGCGUCGCUCCGCCCUGCCCAUCACCAAGGUUGCCCUGCACCCGUACAUCUGCGACCUGGGCGCCAUCGUGCGUGGCUACUCCACCUCCAAGACAAUCCAGGUGGUCAACCCGUCCCCCUUCACCGUCACCUUCGACGUGCCCAAGCGCCUGCUGUCCAAGCUCGCCGAGCGCGGCAUCAGCGUGGCCCCGCAAAAGGUAGUCGAUGUGCCACCGGCACAGGAGGUGGACAUCACCAUCACCCUUUGCACCGCCAGCACCCUGCGCAACGACUACCCCGAGGGCCCUCUCAACGAAACGGUUGCCGUGUGCGUGCGGGAUGGCCCACGCAUGAUGGUGGAGGUGCGCGCGAACGUGUGCGUGCCGGCGUUCACGCCCAGCGCCAAGAAGCUCAGCUUUGGCUCGCUCGCCGUGGGCAUGUGCAGGCAAAUCACCAUCACGCUCACCAACGAGCAGCCCGUGCCGUGCGAGUGGUCGGCAGUGCGACGCGAUAAGCCCAUUCCGCCACACUGGUCGAAGAAGCAGCAGGCGCAGGAGCGGCACCAGCGUGACAUGGCCAAGGCGUUUGAGGUGUACCCGACCACGGGCUGUCUUGAGCCCGAGCAGUCCAUGACCGUCACCAUCCGCUUUUACCCGACGGACGAGAUGCGUUACACCACCAACCUGCCCUUCACCAUCAAGGACCGCAAGGACCCCGUGUACGUUGAACUGCACGGCCGCGGCGCCGACCAGAAGCUGCACUUCCACACGACGAGCGUUGAGCUUGGCCCCGUCAUGCCGCGCGGUGCGGGCAAGGAGGGCACCAUCGCCGUCACAAACGACGGUGACGAGCCUGUUGAGAUCUUCUCUGUGGAGUAUGAUCGGCAGGUGCGUCGCGAGACGGAUGCCCUGCGGCUGCUUGGCGGCUACGACCGUAAGGACCGCCUGCUGCUGCCGCCACGCCAGCCAGGCGAUAGGCUGCCCGAGGCUGUGCUGCGGUACGCGCGCGCACACAUGGCGCGUGCCAUCUCCAUCACGGAUGCCGACAACGACGAGGAGGACGGUGAUCGCCGCAGCACCGCGGAUGUGCUGGUGGACAUGCUUGGUGGGCCUAGUGUAGGCACGUCAAGCACCCCUGCACCCCCAACCUCCAGCGCACACCCGCUCUCGCAAGUCACCAUGCAACAGCAGCAGCACCUGCCACCACAGCUGGCGUCAAAACUUCAGCGCCAGGGCACACGGCCGGGUGGUCUGGUGCGUCAGUCCUCUGUGCGCUCGUCUCGCCCGCUGCUGUCUGUGCAAGCAAGCGUUGCCUCAGACCCACGCCGCAGCAGCACCGCCCUUGAUGCAAGCGUCAAUGACAUUCUCACGCGCUACCUUGGCGGUGAACGGUACGAGCGCAUGCUUCGCAACGACAUGGGUGGCGUGAACAUGAUUGUGCACGGCCCACGCGCCUCUGGUAAGUCCACGCUGUGCAAAGCGGCAGCUGCGCACUACGAAUCUGUCAUCCUGGACCUGGACACGGUUGUUCGCGAAGCCAUCAAGGCAGACACGUCCGAGGCACGCGCCAUCCGCAAGUACCUGCUCGAGCUGCAUCAGAGCGAGGUGGCUGCUGCUGCAGAGGAGGAGGACAGUGGCAAGAUGCCGCGCUCAAAGCCGUCCAGCAGGCGUGGGUCGGCGACAAAGCAAGGCAUGCGUGCCAACGCUGCUGCUGCUGCUGCUGUUGCUUCGUCAACCUCGCGUGGGGAUGGCCGCACGAGCGAACACACGUCCCCUGCACUUCCACGUCGGGAGUCAGGUGCCUCUGGCGCACGCGACAGUGUCUCGCAACAGCAGCUGCACGCCGGUGGCGAAGGCGAUGAGCGGAGGCAAUCCCGCCCACGCUCCAUGACACAGCACCUACGGCAGUCACGCAAGAGCAGCGCCACCACCUCGCGUCGCGGCACAUCUGCCUCGGCCACCCUGGGCGAGCGCAGGCACACGAACGCCAGCAUGUUCAGCAUGGCCCGCCCCGUGCCCCACGACAUGCUGGUGGCGCUUUUGCGGUGGCGCGUGCGCCAGGGCGACACCAUGAAUGGCGUUGUGGUCGAUGGCCUCACGUCCGUGUUUGCUGACCGCGUGACGGUGCUGACGGCGUGGCUGGCCGCGCUGAACCGCCGCGAGCACCUCUACUUUGUGCGGCUAGAGGUUGACCAGGCGGUGUGCGUUGAGCGGCUGAUGGGCGAGCACCGCGAGCGCGUGAUCAAGGCACGGCAGCAGCCUGCCCGCGAGGACACGGAGCUGGACGCGCCACCCGAGAUUGACGAGGACGAGUACGACGCCAUGUCGCCGGAGGAGCAGCACGCGUACGACAUGCAGGUGCGCGCGUACCGCCGCAAGCAGCGCGAGCUGAAGAAGGCGCAGGCCGAGGAGGAGGCGCGCAUGCGAGAGGAGAUUGAAAAGUCGAACAAGCAGCGGUCGCGGUCCCGCAGCCGCCGCCGCUCCGUGCACCCGCCAGGGGCAAAUAGCCAGCAGCAGGGCAUGAAGGCCAGCGCAAGCCCCGGCCCAGCCAACCUCGACGCUGGCAGUGGGCGGUCCUCGCAGCAGGGGCCGACGCUCGCCCAGCCCGGCCAGCAGGGCCACCACGGACGCACAUCACAGGCCCACCACGGCAGCAACGUCGCUGGUGGUGGUGGUGGUGGUGGUCAGCGGCAUCGUGGCGGUGGCGGCGGCGGUGGACGCGGUGGUGCCGGUGCCAACGCAGGCAACAACGCCCGCGACGACACUGACCUGACCAACCUGUCGCCCACCCCGUUCAAGGAGGAGGUGCUGGCGUCCGCUGCGGAGGACGAAGUGAUUAUGCGCGCCGUCGAUGCGUUUGAUCUUCGCUCGUGCACCCUCGUGCGUGACAUCACUGCGCCGCAGAACGAGGCAACGUCCCCGCUGCCUGGCCGCCGUAACAAGCGUCUGCAGGCAAGCUCCUCCAAGCCCGACCUGAACCUGCCCACACAGGGGCAAGGCGCGGGCACAGGAAACAACACGAGUGGCGCUGGCGCUGCGACGACAGACGGCAGCGGCGCUGACGGUGGCAGCGGUCUUGGUGGUGGUGAUGGUAUGGGCGGUGAUCAGCAAGACGGCGGCGAAGCAGAUGCAGGCCCACAGUUUGUGCCUGUUGUUGCCGUCCCCGCAGACAAGACUGCAGAGGACACAGCCACAGCUCUCAUGACGCACCCGCUGCUGCCGCGCAAGGAGAACCUUGCCUUUGUGCGCCUGCGCCAGGACGAGAGCGAGCGUGACCAGCACGAGCCCGUGGACUUUACGGUGGUGACGCGCCCAGAGCUGCUGGACCCGAUUCCGUUUGACUCAAACGGACGAUUUGAGUUUGUGGACCGGCUGGUACGGUACAGGCGGGCAGCAGCAGCAGCUGAGGCCGCUGCGCUGGAGGCAAAGCAGGCGGAAGAGGAGGAGGCGGAGUCGAGCAAGCGUGGCAAGCUGCGGAAGAAGCCCACCAGCGGCAGCACGUCGACGCCGGCCAAGGACGCGGGUGGUGCGAGUGCACGCACGCCAUCGGGCCGCCGCCCGCGCUCGUCAAAGCGCGACACGCUGACGAAGAAGAAGAAGGACCUGUCGCAGAGCGGCACUGCUGGUGACUGGGGCGACGGCAGCAGCAAUUUGCUGUGCGGUGGUGGCGGUGGUGGCGCUUCUGGUGAGCAGCCGCAGCACGCUGUGUUGGAGAAACCACGGUGGACCAUCCCUGCGCACUCGUCGGUUGUCAUCCCCUUCCGCUUCCGCUCCACCGCUGUCGGCCAGUUUGACCAGGCCCUCAACUUCCAAACGGUGCUUGGGGACCGCCAGUACACCGUGUAUGUGCGCGGCGUGAGCGAGUUCCCGAAGGUUGACACGCGCCCACGCACCGUGUUUGGGUCGCUGGUGCGCAAGGAGGAGGACCCUGACGGGCUGCACGGCAAGGCGUACAUCACCACGAAGCGGCUGAUUGACUUUGGGCCCAUCCUCACCGUCAACUCGCGCAAGGCACUGGAGCGCUUGGACGACACGAUGGAGAGCUGCCGCUUCCCCAUCAACUUGAGCAACCCCGGGCCCAAGCCCAUCACCGUGCGCUGUGCGCUGGCGGACGAGCAGCCGGGGAUCACGCCCACCUUUGCGGUUGUGCCCAGCAUGGUGACGGUACAGCCCGGAGAGGCGGCAAGUGUCACGCUGUUUGCGCUGCCGCGCCUGGUGCAGGAGUACACGGACAAGCUGGUGCUGUGCGUGGAGGACAACCCUGUGCCUGUUGUGUACAACGUGCACGUGUCCGGGGUGAAGCCGUCGCUUGAGCUUGAUCGAAAGCAGAUCAACUUUGAUCGCGUGCUCCUCGAGCUGACUGACACGAAGAUUCUUCAACUGCGCAACCCAACGCGCCUCCCCGUCGCCUUCCACAUUUACGGCUUUGAGAACGUGCCCGAAGUGACGGCGGACAUGUCGUCGGGCGUGGUUGACCCGCUGAGCACGCAGGAUGUGUCGUUCUUCUUCAGCAGCUCGCGGCCGCUCACGCUGUCCAAGAAGACGCUGCAUGUGGACAUUGCGGACAUGGACAACGUGCACGAGAAGGUGACGGAGCACCUGCAGAUCACGGGCGAGGCGUACGAUGUCAUGUUUGACAUGAUUUUCCCGCGCCACGGCGACACGGUGCUGGAGUACGACACGAUGCGCGUGCUGGAUGAGCGCACGCUCAUGUGCAGCAUCAAGAACCGCGGCAAGUACGAGUUUGAGUACAGGAUUGAGAUUGACCGCGAGGCCAUGCGCAAGCACGCGCCGAAGCUUGAGGAGGACAUGAUUGCCAUCUCGCCCGCCACGGGCACGCUCAUGCCCAACGACAAGAGCACGGCUGUGCGCUUCACGCUGCGUGCGCGGCGGGAGAUUACACUCAACCGCGCGCCCCUGCUGCGCUGCUGCAUCACGGAGCCGCACAUGAACCAGGUCAUUGCCAACGUGCCCAUCCACAUCUCCGUGCGCGCGGUGUACAGCAAGUACGCCGUUGUGCCGCCCAGCGGCGUCAAGUUUGGCGCCAUCACCGCCGGCGCCUCGGCCAAGACCACGCGCGAGUUUUACAUCAAGAACGUGGGCGAGUACGACUUCAAGUUCAACAUUGGCAAGCAGAACGUGCGCGGGCCCUCCAUCACGCCGCGCCCGCGCGGCAUGGGCAACGUACCUGCAGGCAAUUCGCGCACGGGCCGCAUGUCCACCACAUCUGGUCGUCGCUCCAUCGACCCCGCGGGCAUGGCCGCACAGGGUGGCGGCGGUGGCAAGUUCAGCCUGGGCGUGUUCACGGUGUACCCGUCAGCGGGGAUGGUGCAGCCUGGCGCGAGCGUGAAGGUGACGGUGGAUGCCGACACGAGCAUGCCUGUGAAAGAGCUGCAGAAGCUGGUGAUUGACGUUGAGCAGCGUGCGAAGAACGACCACCCAGGCGGCCUCGUGUACGAGCUCAGCCUGGAGGCGUGCCAGCCAGCCAUCAACAAGGACCCACGCGUUGUCUUUGCCGAACACACCGUCUGCAGCAACUUCCGUGAGCUGACAAGCAGCAGCAGCAGUGGUCGUGGUGGUAGUGCCAGUCGUCGCAGCGGCCGGCCCACCAUGUCAGCCUCCACGCGUGCCGGCACGACAACACUCGGAAGCACAGGUGCGGGUGCAUCCAUGCUUACGCAGUCGUCAUCGCUCAUGUCCACGCUGCGCAGGUCGCUUGCUGAGCGGCCGGGGACAGCUGGUGCGCCAGUGGAAACGCUUGCACAGCAGCAUCGCCCGCCCAUGUGUUUCUCCAGGGAGGACGGCACGUUCAGCUUUGGUGCCGUGGUUGUGAACCAGACGGCGACAGCUCGCUUCAAGAUUGAGAACACGACCAAGGUGGAGGCCAACGUGCAGGUGCUGCUGCGCAAGGAAGGCGGUAAUGGCGGUGCCGGUGGCACUGGCACGCUGUCACGUCGCACGGCUGGCGGCGGUGGCACGGGCGGCGGCACGGGCGGCACCGGCUCGUCCUCUGCUGCGGCCAUUACUGUCGACGGUUUCUCUGUGGACGUGGCCUCCCUCGCCGUGCAGAGCAAGGAGACGCGGUACGUCACGGUGACGUUCAGCCCGACGGCCAUUCAGCAAUACCAGGCGCAGCUGGAGGUGCUGGUGGACGGCGCAGACCAGAACAACAGCAGCAUGUCGUUUGAGCUUUACGGCGAGGGCCUGUUGCCGCGCGUGACCGUGCUUGAGCCCGUGGCGCGCACAGCAGACCGCCUGCCCCUGCUUCACUUCCCACGCACCCUCGUGAACCACGACCGGACGGCCACGGUGGUUCUGCGCAACGCAGGGCCGAUCCCCGCCGAGGUGACUGCCUCCAUGGGGGUGAAGCCGCGGCGCCCCGUGUCAUCACGUGCGUCGCAUUCGCGCGGAGCAACCGCCUCUGCCUCUGGCACGCGCCCCGUGUCCUCGCGUAGCGGGCGCCGCGACAGCACGUCGGGGCGCAAGGAGAAGCGCAAGCUCAAGUCCAAGCACUCGUCCUCGCUCGGGGAUGACGACGCCGCGUCUGCACGUGGCGGCAACACAUCGACGCUGCCGAAGCUGAGCGAGAGCAAGGCUGUGGACAGCACGUCGCAGCCCGCUGUUGAGCUGUCGGCGAGCGACGGCCCCUUCACGUGCUUGCAAGGCACAGACCCCGUCACCAUUGAGCCGUACGGGAUGGCUGCCUUUGACGUGCAGUUUGCGCCCGGGGCCAUGGAGAGCUUCUCCUCGUGCCUGCAGCUGGCGCUCAAGGACAACGACUUUGAGUCUGUGUUUGUGUCCAUCACGGGCGAAGGGUUCAUGAACGACCUGACGCUGGAGGGCGAGCACGUGGUGGACGUGCCGCCAGACCCAGCCAACAAGGAGCCUGGCCAAACGCGGUUGGUGUUUGGUGGCGUCUUGGUUGGGGAGGCCGUGUCACGCGAGGUCACGCUCACCAACUGCUGCCUGGAUGUGAUUCGCUUUGAGUUCCCGGAGCACCAGCAACCCUUCACAAUCACGCCACGGUGCGCACACCUUGGGCCGGGCCAGUCGAAGACAGUCAGCAUCACGGCAUCCUCUGAAAACACGGUGGCCAUGGACAACAUGGAGGUUGUGUACAGGUACAGCAAGAUUCGCAUCGCACACGACGCUUCAUCCCCGGAAACCGCCGUCAACAAGAACAGCGGCGGUGGUGGUGGUGGUGGUAGUGACGACGGUGCUGGCAAUGGUUCAUCGUCAUGGGAUAGCGAGCAGACCACGCUGCGCUAUGCUGUUGAGGAGCACGAUGGCGGGCGGCUGAAGCACGUGCAGGUGCGGGAGGCCGUGCCCGAGCCCUCACACGAGGUGCUGCCGGACACAGAGAAGCAGCAGAUGCUGCACUGCGAGGGCGUGAUUGGCAGGCCACAGGUGUCGUACGAGUGCACGGAGCUUGCGUUUGGCGAGGUGUUUAUGUACGACACGGCUGUCAAGACGUUUGACAUGGUCAACGCGAGCGACGUGCCGGCGCUGUUUGAGUUUGAGCUUGAGGACGACCUGAUGACGGAGCGCGACGUGCCGCUGCCGUUUGUCGUGCACCCUGCGUCUGGCGCGGUGCCACCCAACAGCACGCUGACGGUGCAGGUGCACUUUUGCCCGUCGACCGUGGAGCAGUUUGACGCCUCGCUCACGUGCAAGGUGCUGCGCGCGGACGAGGAGGCAUCGGCGCUGCCAGUGAUUGACGUCACGGGGACAAGUGCCAUGCCUGUGGCGCACGUGUUCCUGGAGGACUCGGACUACCUUCAAGCAGGGCGGCGGGCGAGCGUACUGCCCGGUCCCUCUGGUGAAAUUGGCGAGCCGCUGAAGGACGGCACGCGCGUGAUUGAGCUGUCGUCGUGUGGGCUGCGCGUCAUCAACACGUUCAACUUUGACGUGCUCAACCCGAGCGAGAAGCCGCACGCGUUUGAAUGGAAGUGCCACUCACCCGAGGCCGUCAUCUCCCACAAGCACAUUGAGUGUGGGCCGAUUCGCGUGGUCACACCGCACGGCACGCUCGUGCCUGGCGAGCGGGUCACUAUGACCUUCCAGUACACGCCGCACACGCUCGACCUUGUGGAAACCUUCUGGACGCUGUCUGUGCCGGAGGAAGACUUUGAGCUGCAGUUCCUGGUUGUCGGCCACGCGGAAGAGCCACGUGUGCUGGUGAGCCCCGGCUCGCUGGACUUUGGUGCCAUGAUGCUUGGCUCCAAGCCGCAGUCCAAGACGGUUGAGCUUGUGAACGACGAGUCGCGCCCGUUCUCAUUCCGCUUUGAUGAGGAGGAGCUGCGUGUGCUCAACGCCGGCGCACGUGUGGGCGUGACCCCGACCAGUGGCAAGAUUGCGCCCCACGAUUGCGUGCGCGUGACGGUGACGUUUGCGCCCAAGCUCGAGCAGUCGUACGCGUGCAAGCUGCACUGCAAGGUGGUGAAGAAGCCCACACCGAUUGCGGUUUCGCUCAAGUGCGAGGGGUACCAGCCGCACAGCGCGCUGUCGUUGCUGCCGUCCCUUCGCACGGGCAACGUUGUUUCGUUCAAGAGCGUGGAGGAGCGAGCAGCAGAAGAGGCUGCUGCGGCGGCCAGUGGCCAGGCGCGAAGUAGGCGUGCUGGCGCUGGCACUGUUCGGCGUGGACGCGGCGGUAGCAAGGCGGGCGCAAGUCUUGCUGCCACACAGAAGAAGCAGUCGCAAUCACAACAACAGCAGCAGCAACAGCAACAACAACAGCAGCAACGGCAGAGCCAGCAGCAUCACCAACGCGAGUCUGCUCACAGUGCUGGUGGUGGGCGCGUGCGCGGGCCGAAACCGCCUGGGCACCCGAAGCGAGGCAAGCGUGCAAAGCGCGGCAACACCAACACGGAGAGUCGACUCGGUUCUGCCAAGACCACCAUCACGACGGCGACCAAUGCCAGUGGUGCAAACAGGACCUCUGGCGAUCAGGCGACGGCAACAACACCUGCUGCAGGUGGUGGCGGGAAGCGCGGUGGUGGCCAGAAGCACGCCCGUGCCCACCCCCUGGGCCAGAUCAGCGAAGACGAGGUUGUUGGGCAGCACGGCGAUGCCGGCGGUGCUGAUGACGGUGAGCGCCGCGUACGCGCGACCCGAGGUGGUGGUGGUGGUGGAGGCGGUGUGAGCCAGCGCGGUCGCCGUGCCGCUGCUGCUGCUGCCGCCGCUGCAACGGAUGACGCGCGAGCAACGCCGGCAGCAUCGAAGCCCGUGACGCCCCGCGCACGGCGACGCAAGGGCGGCGCUGCCCACCACGACCGUGGUGGUGAUGGCGGCGUUGCUGCAGCUGAGCAGCCGGAGCAGCAUGGAGAUGAGGGCGAAGAGGACGUGGUGGUGAUGGCGGACGGUGGUGUGCGUGAUGCCCUGAACUUUGGCCAGGUGCAGGUGAGCGAGCGCGCAUCGCGCACGUUCAACGUGACCAACACGGGCCGAUUCCCGCUGGAGUUCAAGUUUACGAUGAACAAGGUGCUGCGGCUGUGCAAGUCGCUGCAGGUUGCGCCCCUGUCUGGCACUGUUGCGCCCGGGGAGGUGGUGGCGGUGACGGCAACGUUCUCCCCCACCAACCCGGAAGACCUUGAGGGCGGCAAGCUUGUGUGCCGCAUCAAGGAUGGCGAGACAUAUGAGAUUCCCGUUGCCGGGCGCGCGUCUGUGCCAGAGCUGAACAUCUCCCACACGUCGCUCAAGUUUGGCAAGACGUUUGUGCACAAGGCUGGCAUGCCCGUGACGGAGAAGGUGUUUACGCUGACAAACCAGGACGCGUCCAAGGUUGUGCUGACGACAUCGUUCAAGGACACGGAGGUGCUGCAGUCUGACUUCAAGGACUGCGUGCUUGAGCCUGGCGAGAAGCGGGAUGUGGUGGUGCGGUUUAUGCCGCGGGAGGCAAAGGCGUACGAGGAGAGCAUCUCCUUUGAGAUCAACUCGCUGUCGACGGUGGCGGUGGCGGUGUCUGGGAUCGGCGUGCCGAUUCAGCUGCAGCUGGACAAGGCGACCAACAAGGUGCUUGACUUUGGCGCGCUGCAGAUUGGCGCGCAGACAAGCAAGACGGUGAACCUUGUGAACCGGAGCGCGCUUCCGCUGGACGUGACGCUGGCUGCGGACGAGCAGAGCAUGGCGCACCGCGGCCUGUCGCUGGCCCCCGCGGGCGUGGUGACGCUGGGCGCAAACGGAGGAACGGUCCCCAUCACCAUCCACUUUGCGCCGCGCACGCGCAAGCCGCCGUUUACGGAGGAAAUCUCCGUGCAGUACCUGCGGCAGCUGGAGCCGCUGCUGCUGGUGAAGGGGGCGUGCCACGGCGUGGGCGUGGACUUGGACCACAACCAGCUUGCGUUUUCCGCGGUGCUGAACAGCACGUCAUCGCGCCGUGUGGUCAUGUCCAACACGGGUGACAUUGGCACGCGCUUUGCAUGGGACGUGUCCUCGCUCGGGGAGUGGUUCUCCAUCACGCCCACUGAAGGGUAUGUGUCGCCCGGGUCUGAGGUGGUGUUUGCGGUCACCUUCCACCCCAAGUCGAUGGUGUCGCACGAGGUGCGGCGUGACGACGUGCCGUGCACGGUGGAGGGGCUGGGCCGGCCCGUGCUGCUUGACCUCGUGGGCACGGUGCAGCCGCAGCAGGCGGAGCGGGACGUGGUGUCGUUCCAGACGGAGGUGCGGACGAAGGAGACCAAGACGGUUCGCAUCACCAACGACAGCAACCGCGCGUGGACGCUCAAGCCUGUGAUUGACAACGAGUUCUUCUCUGGGCCGGAGGUGCUUGAGGUUGGUGCCUGGGAGACGAAGCAGUACCCCAUCACAUACCACCCGCUACGAAUGACCGUGAGCAAGAGCCACAAGCACGGCGGCGGUGGCGGUGGCGGCGGCGGCGGCGGUGGUGGUGGCGCGGCGAACAACUACCACACUGGCUCGGUGUUCUUCCCCUUGCCUGAUGGCAAGGCUGUGCUGCAUCGCUUGAUUGGCCAGGCCAACGCCCCCAAGCCCAUUGACACGCUGUCGCGGGAGGUGCCGUGCAAGGUGUGGUACAACCUGCUGCUGAAUGUGGAGAACUGGCUGCCCAAGAGCCAGCGCUUCAAGGUGACCAUCAACAGGAUCAAGGCUGAGUCUUCCACCGUGAUCAAGGGUCACGAGUACGUUGAUGUGCUGCCCAAGGCGACGCGCGAGUACGAGCUGCAGUUUUACGCAUACAAGGAAGGGACGACCCAGGCGGAGGUGGUGUUCAAGAACGAGGCCACGGGCGAGUACCUGCUGUAUGAGGUGCACUUCAAGUCCACCCCGAGCAACAGCGUGGAGACGGUGACGCUCAGCACGACGGUGCGGGAGCCCAUCCACCACGCCAUCUCGCUGCACAACCCGCUGCCACAGCCCAUCAUGUUCAGCAUGACGUGCACGCAGGAGGGCACCUCGCGCCCCUGCGUGGACAUCCACGGGCCAAGCCACUUCCGCGUGCCGCCGCGCGCCACAGACGCCAAGUACACGUUCGACUACAUGCCGCUGCUGAGCAAGGAGAAGACGGCGCGGCUCGUGCUCACGUGCGCUGAGCUCGGCUCGUUCCAGUACGACCUGCACCUGCGGGCGCGUGAGGCCGACCCCAUGCCCACGGAGCACUUCUCCUGCUGCCUUGGGGAGCAGCUGGUGCGCAAGUACUACUUUGUCAACUGCUGCCCUGUUCGCACAGACUACCACGUGGCCAUUGAGGGCGCGCCGCAUUUCACGGCGCCGCAGAGCGUGCCGGCCUCUGCUGCGUCCCGAACGGGCACGAAGGUCCCUGUGGAGAUCACGUACGAGCCGUCGCAGCUGGGCGAGUGCAACGCGGUGAUGGUGCUGUCUUCGCCCGUUGGCGGGGAGUACCGCUGCCCCUUGGUGGGCCAGUGCCUGCCACCACGCCCCUCUGGCCCGCACGUGAUCCGGGCGACGGGCAGCAGCCGCAUCUCGCUGCCGUUCAAGAACGUGUUUGCCACCAGCGAGACGUUCAACUACACGGUGGACCACCCAUCCUUCUCCGUCAAGGCGCACGACCUGUACAAGGCUGGCGAGUCCAAGGACAUCACCGUUCGCUUUGACGGCCACAACGGCAGCGCAACCGCCAAGCUCGUUGUGCUCUGCGGCACGGGCGAGAACGCGGGCGUGGAAUGGAUUUUCUACCUCAAGGGCGUGGUGUAGUUGCGUUUGUUUGGGGAGGGGGGAGGGCUUUGUGUGGAGGGGUGUGUGUAUCUGUGUGCGUGUGUGUGUGUGUGUGUGUGAUAACUGUGUGUGUGUGUGUGUGUGUGU